CCCUACCAAGUUGAUCCCGCCGAUGGCGUUCGUGGUCCCCAACAGGGCUACAACUUGUGCAACUCUACCACCGAGAAUCAGAACUCUAUGUGUCAAACCUCUUUUGUGAAUCACAUUGAUGACUUCUGUUUGUGGGCACCCCCCAAACCUGACCAGACCAUCGGUGACACUGAGGGCGAGGAAGUCGCCUGGUGCACGAAGAAGGGUCAUGGUACCCGUCUCAUCCCCGACGGCGCUCUUCAGGGCGUUCAGUACCUCAAGACUCCUGACUACAUCCAGAUUGUUGGCUUCAUCGACCAGAAGCAGAUCAACAUUGCUUCUGAUGACUUCGGUGGCGAGUUGGACCCCCACGGUGCUGACCUUCGUGGCAACCCCCUCGGUGGUCUCAUGUACUCUAACGCCUUCCCCAGCAACAAUGGCAACAACGACUCUUACCAGCAGGUGAUCGAAUGGCACAACUUCAUGGGUGGCAAUGCCUUCUGUAUCAAGGUUUGCGACCCUGCCGGUGCUCACGCUGCCGACUACUGCCAGCACAUCUUUGACCGCAUUGGUUGCGCGUACAACGACCCCAACCAGGCCAAGAACGGCACCUUCGAGGUCUGCGACUCUGACAAUGCCGACUACCCGGGUGUCUACACUUCGAACGGCCAGGUCAUGACCUACACCCAGCCCCCCGAGUCGCUCGGUGCCAUCACCACGAUGCCCUACACCGCCCGUGUCGCGGCGUCGUCCAACUGUGUGCAGUAUGAGUCGAAAGCUCUCUACACCGACCUCGCGUCCGUUGCUGGCUCCGGCUCGAGCGCAUCCGCCACCGGCUCUGUCACUGGGACUGCCAAGACUGCGGGUGCGACCGGCGGCAGCUCGUCACGCUCUGGGUCUGCUGCCCAGUCGAGCUCGACCGGUGGCACCAGCGGUGCUGAGGCGCUCGGCAUCAGUGCCGUGUCCGGUAUCAUCGGUGUUACGUUCGCGAUGAUGUUCCUGUCAUAA